CAUAGCAAUUCACCUUUUAUGUGGUUUGGAACUGAAGAGGCUGUGUGUCUUCUUUUUAGGGGCUUUUGUGAGACCCGAUGGCCCACUAUCAAAUCCGCAAAUACCGGGACGAGGACUAUGAGACGGUCAGAGAGCUUUACUCCACGGGGUUUGGCGAGCACUUAAACGCAGUGUGCCUCCAGACCCUAAGGCAGCCAUGGGCCCAGUUUGCCCUCGUGGGCGUAUUCUGUGUCCUGUUGGCCUCUUCCGGAUCGUUCCUCCUUUCCAUCCUGGGCCUCGGCCUCGCGCUUCUGGCAGGCUGUGAGGGCGUUUGGUUCCUUUUCGGCCAGGGCAUCCAGCUCGGCCUCAGGGAGGACCUGCUGGACAUCAGGAAGUCUUACAUGCGGGGCGAGGCUUCCUGCUUCUGGGUGGCGGAGAGCGGGGAGCGCAUCGUUGGCACGGUGGCCAUCCUGCCUGCCAAGGACGAGGCGGGAUCCUGGGAGCUGAAGCGCAUCUCGGUGAGACGGGCGCACAGGGGCCGCGGCAUGGCCAAGGCGCUGUGCAGGACGGCCCUCGAUUUUGUGGCGGCGCACGGGGUGGAGAAUGUGGUGCUGUUCACGUCCAUGGUUCAAACAGAUGCCCACCAGCUGUACCGGAGUUUGGGCUUUCAGAAGGUGGAGGAGUUCGUCUGGCCGUCUUUCCCAGCCAGGAUGAUCAAGUUCAUGGUCUUUAAAUACAGAUACAGUGUUUCCCAUUAA